AUGGAUGCCCCUCACGCUGUCUGCCCUCCACCUGCGGGGGGAAACGCUCCUUUUGGGAGAACGAAGAGGCAGGCCGUGAAAAGACACCACCACAAACACAACCUGAAGCACAGGUACGAGUUCCUGGAGACGCUGGGCAAAGGGACCUACGGAAAGGUGAAGAAAGCCAAGGAAAGGUCUGGGAGACUGGUGGCCGUGAAAUCAAUCAGAAAGGAAAAGAUCAAGGAUGAGCAAGACCUGGUUCAUAUUCGCCGAGAAAUUGAGAUCAUGUCCUCACUGUGUCAUCCCCACAUCAUAACUAUUUAUGAAGUUUUUGAGAACAAGGACAAAAUUGUGAUAGUGAUGGAGUAUGCUAGCCAGGGGGAUCUGUACGACUACAUCUGCGACAAGAAGAACCUCUCCGAGCCUGAAGCCAGGCACUUCUUCAGGCAAAUAGUGUCUGCUGUGCACUACUGCCAUCAGAAUGGAAUAGUACACAGAGACCUGAAACUGGAGAAUAUUUUACUAGAUGGAAAUGGCAAUGUGAAGAUUGCUGACUUCGGGUUGUCCAACCUCUACCACGGGGAUGAAUAUCUUCAAACCUUUUGCGGCAGCCCUCUGUAUGCUUCCCCAGAGAUCGUCAAUGGGCGGCCAUACCGUGGGCCUGAGGUGGACACCUGGUCCUUGGGUGUGCUGUUGUACACAAUGGUUCAUGGCACGAUGCCAUUUGAUGGACUCAACCACAAAAUCCUGGUCCAGCAGAUUAGCACAGGAAACUACCGCAAACCAAACAAACCUUCUGAUGCUUGUGGACUCAUUCGUUGGAUGCUCAUGGUGAAUCCUGAGCGCAGGGCUACAGUUGAGGAAGUUGCUGGACACUGGUGGCUAAACUGGGGCUACCAGCAGCCACUGCUCUGUGAGAGGAAGGACAGUCUGACAGAGCAAACCUCUCCGCCGGUAUCCCCAUCUACACCCAAUCUAACAGGGCUGGCUACUGUUGCGAGCUGGCUGCGCCGUACAUCCAGACCUUUAUUGGAGAAUGGCUCCAAGAUGCGUUGUUUGCUACGGUCGCAGGUCGGCGGAGGCGAUGUGGUUCGACAGCGCUCUCUGCGAAGGUCUCAUAAGGAGAACAAUGUCUCCCAAACAUUUAAUGAAGCGAGCACUGAUUCUCGGCCCUGUAAGGGUAUUCUCAAGAGACAUAAUAGCAUAAAACAGAAGACUAUAAAUGAGUGUCCAACGGUGGGUUCACUGAAUUCACUAAACAUUUCUCAGAUCCCUUCUGUUGCAGCGAUGCCUCGUAAAGGCAUUCUAAAGAAACCCGUAGAGCAAGAGUCGGGGUAUUAUUCUUCUUCACCGGAACACAGCGACUCUGGCUGGGUGCCACAGACUAAAGAAUGUCCUUCGGAUCCACCCUGUAGGAAGGGAAUCCUCAAGCGAAAUGGAAAGUUUUCUUCAGGUGGGCUUCAAGAGUUUGGCUCUUUGGAUCAGCUGGCAGCUUCUCUACCGAGAGGGGCCCCCAUGUCCAGACCAAGUGGGGCCAUCAGUGAAGAUAGUAUUCUGUCCUCUGAGUCCUUUGAUCAACUCGACCUGCCAGACCACGUGAGACCCCCGAUACAAACGGACAAACCAGCCAAAACUAGCAUGAGAGGCAGCAUCUCUGCAGACAAUCUGUUGGACAUAGCUGAAGACCGGAUCCUGGCUGAUGGCGCACUGAGACCGUGGGACUGUUAUGGGUCCGGAGUGGCCGACAGUGCCUUCUCCAUCAGUGACUGCGAUAAUGUGACCGAAACUUACAAACAGGCCAUGGUUAUACGGGGAUCUGGAGCAAGCUAAGGGUCAGUCUAAAAAUGGACAAACAUAGCCUAAUGAGGACACGGCUGGACUGGUGGAAAUACGGGCUCACGUUUACUUUCUGGAAAACUUGAACUACACCGUGCCAAAAAGGGAAGAUAUGCUUACAAAGAUCAGGUUUUAUUUUAGAUGUUUGAUAAAAAAGGUUUAACUUAGAAAAUUACACUGGUUUUAAUAUUAUUUCAACUAAACAGACCUGCAGAUCAGUUAAACAUUAUUUUAGGGGGAAGAAAAUAUCUAAAGAUGAAAAUUUGAGAGUCCUAUUGUAUAUACCUGUAGUGCCCGAUGACUUUAUCCCAUUUUAACCAAAACUGUGGUUUGGAGACGAUAUUUCCACAGCCGUCGAUUUAAAGACGAUCUUUCAUAUUUGUCCUAAUAUAGCCAGUGUUUGAUGAGGGGCUACUUUAUCACAUCGACUUUGAUUUUAAUGCCAUUAUCGUGAGUCAACACUGUUUUUUACCUGUUUAAGAUUCAGUUAAUGAUCAAUAAGUAGAAAAAUCAGGUUCAAUGUUACGAUUACUUGUCUGCUGUUUUAAACUUGAGAUUUUUCUGUGUGCAAGAUGACAUCUUGUAGACCAAAGAGUAAGAGUAAGUUGUUGGAUAAAAAAAAACAAGUGCCAAGAUUAUGUUUGCUUGCAAGUGAUACCUAGUCUUGGUGUUUUUGUUUUUCCAUUAAAUUAUUUGUUUGGAUAAUGACUUUGGGAAAAAAAUGAUGUGGUUUAACUGGUGCAACCUGCUUUGCCUCCAGGCUUGCACUGAUUGCCUUUGACUAUUUGCGUGCAUGAUGCAGGCUUAGUGAGGGUGAGGCUCUUUGAGUCCUUAUUGCUGGGAAUAUAAACCUGUGUUUGUAUGUCCCGGCAUAUCUGCAGUAAAGGUGAGGCAUUGAGAGUUGGCUUUUUGGAGUAUUCUGUAUUCUGAUCUUCAUUAACUCAUACUUGAAAUGAAUAACCACAUAUGCACAUGAAAUGUUUAAUUAGGGCUGAAGUUUUUUCAAUGCUACUUUCAUAUCAGCCUAAUUUGGGGUAUCAUUUUUGUUUUUUUUAUUUAUUUAAAAAGGGCAGGAGAUAUGUCUGUAUUUUUGUUUUUCUUUGAUUAAAAAUGUAUGCAUGAUGACACACAAAUUGCCUCUUUCUAUUGGUAAUAAUUUAGGCCUAGCAGAACAAUUUAAUGGCCGCUUUAAUGUUAAAGCUGCAUAUACAUGCUGCUAUUAAGAAAAAAUCUGUAAUUUUAAAUAAAGGAAUUGUUAUUUUGGCUCAUCAGGAACAGACCGUCUGCAUGUUUGCACUAGGAAUCCCUUUCCACCUGGAAAUCAUUUCCACAUCUCUACAAAUAUGCUUUCAGUGAUUAACUUAAUGUAAACGUGGUCAUUUUGUCAUCUUUUUCUUCAGAAAAGGUUGAAGUUUGCAGGCUUUUUCUGUGUUGUUAUGGUGUCUGUUUGCUAAAGUCUCUGGCAUAUCAGUUUGCUUGAUCCACAUACUUGGACAAAAGAAUAAAAUAAAAAAUCAAAGAACUCA